AGUCAAUCAAUGUCAAAUGUGUGAUGAUUGUUUUUCUCUACUUCUAUUCUUUCCAGUUUCCAGGUUUUCUUGGUUUUCCAUAUAGAUAGUUUUCCAGUUUUCAACUUUAGUUGAUUUCGUGAUUGUUUUUCGAUAUUUUAUAAUAAAAUUGUGCGAUCUUCUAGUAAAUAAAUUCAGUUUUCUGUGGAACUGAGAGUAAAUUACGGAGAGACGAAAGCAGAAUAAUGCAGUCAAAUGAAAAACGGGAAAGAACACUAGAUCUUGCAUCAUUGGAGCCGGCAGCCAGGGUGAAACAGCUCGCUAACUUUGGAGCUAUGGUAGAAGUUGAUCCUAAUGUCCCACCAAGAAGGUAUUACCGCUCAGGUUUAGAAAUGGUGAGGAUGGCCAAUGUAUACUUAGCUGAGGGUAGUCUGGAAAAUGCCUACAUGCUGUAUUUGAAGUUCAUGACAUUAUUCCUGGAAAAGAUCAGAAAACAUCCUGAGUACAGCACAGUUCCCCCUGACGUGAGAGCGGUAAAUCAAGCUAUGCUGAAGGAGGUUAUGCCCAAAGCUGAAAAAUUGAAACAAAAACUCUUAGACCAGUAUGCAAAGGAACAUGCACAUUAUAAGGAGUAUGAGGAACAUAGGAAAAUUGCUGAAGCUGCUAAACGGAAGCAAGAACAAGAAGAUGCUAAAUUGGCCCAGAGGCUUCAAGCUGAUGAAAACAGACAGGAUGGUCACACUAAACCUCAUUUACUUAAUGCAGAAGAGUGGGCGUUGAGUCCGUCCGCGCCGCCCGUGGACGGCGUGCUGUACCCGGACGACUUCGCGAGCGAGCCGCCGCGUGCGCCGCCCGGCUACCACCCCACCCCGCCGCUCAUACCGCCCUCCAGACCACAGAACACAGGCAUAAGCGACUUCGUGCCUCAGCUGGUGUCGGAGCGUCGUUUGCGGCAGGUGGUGGUGCCGGCGGCGCUGCUGGCGCGCUUCCUCGCCAUCGCCGCGCCCAACACUGCGCGCAACAUCGAGCUCUGCGGCAUCCUUGCCGGCAUACUGGAGCGCGACAAGCUGAAGAUAACGCACGUGAUAGUGCCCAAGCAAACGGGAACCCCGGACUCCUGCAGCACUAACAAUGAAGAGGAGAUCUUCCACUAUCAGGAUCAGCAUAACCUCAUUACACUCGGCUGGAUACAUACACACCCGACGCAGACGGCGUUCCUGUCUUCCGUGGACCUGCACACGCAGUGCUCCUACCAGCUCAUGAUGCCCGAGGCCAUCGCCAUCGUGUGCGCGCCCAAAUACACCGAGACUGGAUAUUUUGCCCUGACGCCGGACUAUGGCAUGCAGUUCAUAACUAACUGUAGACAAAGUGGAUUCCACCCGCACCCCAACGAUCCAGCCCUAUUUUAUACUGUAACUCACAUACGGUUAGACGAGACUGCGCCCGUCGAAAUGGUGGAUCUCAGAAGAUGAACACACACACAUACAGACACACUGCCUUGUUAGAAUAGCUUACGAUCGCUUAUAAAGCUUUCCGAGUCAAUUGCAUACUUUUGUACGACAUAAUUAGAUACGAAAUUCGUAAGUCUAAAAAGUGUACUGGCGAAAGAUUUUUUAAGUUUACGUCUUGGUCUUGAACCAUUUUGAAAAGCGAAAGCGGAGCUUAAUAUUUCAGCAGAAUAUAGCAAAUUAAGCUUUUAGUUCCUUGUAUAUCAUGGACUUCUACAAAGUGACGCCUGCUUCUAUACAAGGAUUUUAAGGUCUAUUUUACUUUAACUACUAUGCACACUAUAAUUUGAUGUUCUAAUCGUUAUACAUUGGCAUUCGACUUCAUAGGUAACUGCAAUUUCUUUUCAUUGUCAUUCAGGAGACUGAUACUUUAAAAUCGCUUAGGGUGCGUUUCCACGGACGUGGAGUGGAGCGGAGACUUGCUUCAGGUCAAUUGCACGAUUGCUUGUCGCUGCCACUAGCCGCCGAUCUCGAAAGUCUACCUUAAGGCUAAGAUUUAUAGAGUACACUUUGACCUAGCUUAGACUUAAGACACUGAUAAAACGAGACAGCGUUAUAUCACUGGCAUAAAUCUGUCUCGUUUAAACUGAAACUUAAGUCUAAGCAAAGUCAAAGUACGCUCUUUAGAUCUUAGCGUAAGUUACAUAACUCAUUCGCUUUUCUUCUACUUUCUCGCUCCUGCUUGGUGUUAAAGUACAAUGAAUGGUGAACAGAAUAAGACAUUUGACUAGUCUCAUUUAUUUUUAAGGUAUUUAGGAGCUUAAUAGGUAUUUAUAUGUACGAUUUAUAUACGCUUCACGUUGAUCAAAUAAAUUAAUUUAAUAUUGUUUUAUUAUUAAAAAAUAUUUUCUUUUACCUUUGUUAUUCAAAACGACGUGUGACGUCAUGGUCUAUGAUUAUCGAUUGAGAAAAGACCAGCGGCGUAAAUCUAUAACCAAUCACAAAUUAACAAAACUAAAGUCUUUUAGCAAAACAUUGCUUUUGAAAUUUGAUUCUAUAAAUUAUAUUUUAUAUCUAGGUAUAUAUUUACGAGGAAGUUAUUUUAAAAAGUUAACAAAUCAUCGUAAGGUAUGAUUGAAAGACUGAACUGAAUAUUAUAAAUAUUAAGUAUAUAAUAAAUAAGCACCUAUCCAGUUAUUUAUUUGGUAUGUUAUUGUUGAAAACAGCUAAGUUUCUUUUUUAUUGCACUAGUUUUAAUCAGGUAAAAAAAAACAAUUUAAAUAUUUACUCACGAAUGAAUGACAUGUUGUUUGUAAAUUAAUUUGUGAUCGUAUUUGCCAUUUUUUAAGACUUAACACGUAUCAAUUCCAAAAUAUGCACAUUGAAGUUCGGGAUAUAUUUAUCAAAUCAUAGAUAAUAGAUUCGUUUAGGGUGGCUGACCACUGGGCUGGAGUGGGGCGGAGACAUGUUCGGCCAGCUGCUCGAUUGCAGAAACGUUGUAUCAAUCAUUGCUAUACUCUCUAUUAUUGUUGUGAUUGGCUGAAUUUAUGGUAUUCUUGCUGCGACAAUAGAUUUUGGCCAAUAGCGGAAUACCGUUUAUCCAAUCAGAGGUGAUUGCGAUUGGUAUACUGUACCUGUCAAUUAACUACAGUCAUCCACAAAGCAGAGAUGACAUUUUGAAACUAACGUUAAUAAUGAUAAUACAGAUGACGAUCUAUAUUAAUUUGUCUGUACCGUUAUUCGAAGCUUAAAUAAGUUGAGUAUUUAAGCUUCGAAAAAGGUAAGUAAAUUAAUAAGCGUUUUAUUGAGGUUAAACCUCUUCAUUAGUUUGAUUGGUCAGCUGCACAUGUCUCCUCUCCGUUCCCCUUCAAGGCAUCCUCCCUUAGUUUACACCAACAAAUAAGUUGUGGUACUAGUUUUCGACAAAACUUGUAAAAUGUGAACUAUCAAUCUAUGGCAUUAGUUUAACGGGUUCCGAAGCUGAAGUAACAUAUGGACAGGGCACAUAGUGGAAAUUGGUCCUAAAGGUGUUUCAAUGUGGCGUGUGGAAGUCUCUAAAGGAGACUUAUAAGUCCAGCUGUGGACUGACAUGCUAAUCUGUAAUGGCAUUAUUUCAGACAUAUGCCCCUCUCCCUUGUUAAACUUAAAGAUAUUAGAGCCUAGUAAAAACUUUUUACAAGACGUUAUUUUAUCUUGUGUUGUUAAGUAAGUUUUUUGGUGUAAACAAAGAAUGACAACAGUGCAUACUAAAUGUAGAUUACAUGUUUUAGACCUUGGUGUAAAGGUCUAGACCAUAAGACAGACCUAUCGAGUAACUGAUUUUGAAAAAUCCCCAAUCGGUUCAUGUAAACUAUGAGUAGCAGGUAAUUUGUAUAAUCUGUAUGGACCAAUGUAAAUAAAGAACAUAAUAUAAAUUUAA